AUGAUGUUCCUUCUAUGCGCUUUAAAGCCCGUUAACUGUCUUUCCUUUGCCUCCGAGUUGAAGCAAGCUCCAACCUACUUCGACGCGACUUCGAGUGGCCUGUUUAUGCUGUUCCGCGCAACGCCUGUGUGCCGCAAAGCUUCAGCAUCGUCGAAAGUGUGGCUGGCUCGUCAGAGCCGGGAUCCAUUCGUCCGGGAGCGUCUCGCAGACCCGGCGGCAUAUCGAUCGCGUUCUGCCUUCAAAUUACUCGAAAUCGACCAGAACCAUGGUUCGUUUCUUAGCCAACCGCAUGUGCGCUCCGUCGUCGACCUGGGUGCUGCGCCUGGAGGGUGGAGCCAGGUGGUCGCCGGGAAGCUUGGCUGGUCCUCGACGCCGGUGAAUGAUGCGCCAUCUGCUGGAUCGACCCGGGAUAAUGAUGCGGAGGAGGAACUCAGGCCUCUGGACGGCUUCGAUACAGGAAAGGACGACACCUCCAGGCGGAUGCUCCUCCACGACGUCGAUACUGGAAAGCUGCCGCGACGAUGGAACCGCAAGGACAGCAAGAAGCGGGUCCCGAAGAAAGCGUCGGACGCCGAGCUGGGUUUCUACGACCCGCUUAACGCCGAGGACACGCGGUCUGUAGGCCAGGGAACCAUUAUCGCCGUCGACCUCCUGGCUAUCCCGCAUAUCCCAGGCGUGCAUACGCUGAAACUCGACUUCCUCUCCCCGGAAGCGGAAGCGUCGAUCGAGAGCCUGUUGCGGAGUGGGGACGGGAAGGUGGACGUCGUUCUCUCGGAUAUGGCGGCGAAUAUGACGGGAAACACUACGCGAGACACGGAGAGGAGUCUCGAGAUAUGUGACGCUGUUCUGGAGUUCACGAAGCGGAACAUGCGGUCGGCAGAAAGCAUAGGGAAUCGUAAGGGAGGAGUGCUGCUGCUGAAACAUUUUACGCACCCUCUGCUGCAACGAUUCCGUGUUGAUGCUCUGGAGCCGAAUUUCAAUGAUGUGAAGUUCAUCAAGCCGGCUGCCAGCCGUUCACAAUCAAGUGAAGGAUAUUGGCUAUGUCAAGGAUGGCGUGGUUGA